AAUAACCAUCGACAGCCCAAUUGAAACAUCUUAACAGAUUAUGCUAUCCUACAGUCAGGGGAACAGAAACCCCUCAUGGGCCAUAAGCAAGCCAUGAACAGAAAUGGAAGCUAAAGAGGUUUCAUAUGGUCAAGCAAACGACUUCCUACUAUCUCCACGAUAAAAUGUUCAUCACAACUUCAUUUCCCCAAAUCAAGUAAACUAUCUACCAUACUCUCCCCUAAUAGCAUCCCAUCAUGUACUGGAAGAUGGGGAAUUUAAGGUAGCCGAAUGCCAACACAUCGACAACUCAACAAUGACUACAUCUUUCACACCAAAAAAGACAACAAUGAACACAUCUCAGCUACAGAGCAAGAAAAGGGCUAAGCAAGACACACUUCUUGAAAGAUAGUAACCAAGAAAGACACAGAUUGACUACUUAGAGUAUGUCUAACCCCCAAAGCUCCAGUCUUUCUUAACCUUUAACUUCAUAAGAUAGAAUAUCGAAAAUCGCCAACAGUCACUUUCUUAGUUUCUAAUUGACAUCUAGUAUGCAUCAGAAGACGGAAACAGUUGGGAGAGGAUCACAUCAAACCCACUGGAUUUCUGCUCAUAAUACCAAACAGGAGCUUCCUCUCCCUACAUAGACCCUAGCUACAGAAUUUCCAGUCCAGAAUUUCCUGAGAAAAAGUCAGGCUCGCAGCCUAGGCACACGCAAUAGACAAGCUGAUCUGAUCGAAUCAGGCGGAACCUCGAAAAUCCGUACUUCUCUGCCCCCGUAAUUCCCAAGGCAAUCCGAAGCAAGAUUCAAGAACAAACAAAGAAAUGGCGGUAAGGAACUCCGAAUUCAAGAGAAUUACCUCGAGUGACUGAAACUAUUCGAAGUGGAGGAGAAGAAGGAAACGGAGGCCCAAUCAUGCUUGGAUCGAAUCUGGUACUCCCUCAACUGCUCCGCUAGAUUCGAUCUCGUGAUCAUCUCUAACCUCCCGCGUCUUUUCCCUUUUCCUUUCGUUGUUCCCUCCGGAUUCUCGCGCCCUUUCACUUGCUCGUGCUCCGGCGACGUCGGACGGAGAGAAUUGCUCAGCGGAGGGGCGCCGUAGAUCGAGGUCGACGGCGGAAGAAGGAAGAAGAGACGGCCGAAGAGGAAGGAGGAAAAGAAGAGACACGGAGGCGAAAGAGUCGCGGUUUGUUUUCGCGGCCACUGCUGGUGUUCCGUGGAACUUCUCCCAGCCUAACUUUGCUCCCCCCUCCGUCGCUCGCUCUCUUUAGGCUUUCCUUCUUUUCGUUUCUUCAAUUCGAAAAUGAGCUGGCGGCAGGUGGGUUUGGGCUUAAAGGCGCCAAAUGAUAGAGCCGAAUCGGCCCAGAUUCAUGUUUGAGGCCCAAUCUUUCUACAAAAGUGUAGCCAGUAAAUUAAGUUAGAAUUACCCUCGGAAAACAUAAACAGCUUUCAGAGCCUGAACCAGAACCAGUGACCAAAUCCAAACCCGCAAAAAUGGAGACCGCGACGGAGCCUCCUUCCGUUCCAGCUUCCGAUGCCGCCGGCGGUGGCCGCUCUUCCCCUUCAACGGAAGCCACACCGUCCCCAACUCUACCCAGAACGCGCCCCGCCACAGCAGAAAACUUCGAAGACCUCAUUGUCGAGUCCCAAGAUGAAGCCUCCGACCCGGCCCUGCCACUUACCGUUAAUCCCGCCGACGAACAACCCGCCCCGCCGCGGAAGCGGCGCCGCCGGAAGCGAUUCUUCACGGAGCUCAACACCGCCAACCCUUCUCGGUACCGUUUACCGGGAGGCCGAUCCAAGGAACUCGACGUCGAAGCCUUAAUUGCAAUCUCGGUAGGGUUCCCCGCCGAUUCCCUCACGGAGGAAGAAAUCGAAGCCAAUGUCGUCUCCAGAAUCGGAGGCGCCGAGCAAUCCAACUAUGUGAUCGUUCGCAACCACAUCUUAGCUCGCUGGAGGUCCAAUGUCUCCGAGUGGCUGACUCGCGAGCAAGCACGCGAGUCAAUUCGGGCGGAACACCGAAACCUAGUCGAUUCCGCUUACGAUUUCUUGCUCGAACACGGCUACAUAAAUUUCGGAGUCUCCCCCGCCAUUACAGAAGCUCAAUCGAAGCUGAACCCGGGAAAAGAAAUAGCGAAUGUGAUCAUUGUGGGAGCUGGAUUCUCCGGUUUGGUUGCGGCAAGGCAACUCACAGCCAUGGGAUUCAAAGUCGUGAUCUUAGAAGCCCGUUCCCGACCCGGCGGCCGAGUCAAGACUAUGAAAUUAAACGGCGAUGGAGUGGGAGCAUCGGCUGAUGUUGGCGGGAGUGUAAUCACAGGAAUAAACGGCAACCCACUCGGAGUUCUCGCAAGGCAAUUGGGGCUUCCACUUCACAAGGUAAGAGACAUUUGCCCUUUGUAUCUACCGAAUGGAAAGCCUGUGAAUCCAGAGAUAGACACCAAAGUGGAAGCUUCUUUCAACAAGUUGCUAGAUAGAGUCUGUAAGCUUAGACAAGCCAUGAUAGACGAAGUGAAAUCAGCUGAUGUUAACUUGGGAACAGCAUUGGAAGCAUUUAGGCAUGCUUAUAAGGUAGCUGAGGAUCACGAGGAACGAAUGCUGUUGAACUGGCACCUAGCAAAUCUCGAAUAUGCAAAUGCUUCGUUGAUGUCGAACUUAUCAAUGGCGUAUUGGGAUCAGGAUGAUCCCUAUGAGAUGGGUGGAGACCACUGCUUCAUUCCAGGUGGAAAUGAGACGUUCAUUAAGGAACUUGCAAAAGGCCUUCCGAUUUUCUAUAACCGGGUGGUGGAGAGCAUUCGAUAUGGUGCUGAUGGUGCCCUUGUCUAUAGUAAUGGCCAAGAAUUUCGUGGUGACAUGGUACUAUGCACGGUUCCAUUAGGCGUGCUGAAAAAGGGCAGAAUCGAGUUUGUGCCCGAGCUUCCGCAGAGGAAGAAGGAUGCUAUUCAGAGGCUAGGGUUCGGGAUGUUGAAUAAAGUGGCCUUGUUGUUUCCUCACGAUUUCUGGGGAGGAGAGAUCGAUACAUUCGGCCAUUUGACCGAAGAUUCCGCCAUGAGAGGUGAGUUUUUCCUAAUCUAUAGCUAUUCUUCGGUUUCGGGUGGUCCACUCUUGAUAGCACUUGUUGCUGGUGAUGCUGCGGUUCAGUUUGAGACCAUGUCACCAGUGCAAUCGGUCAGAAAGGUGAUGGGAAUUUUAAGGGGGAUCUUCCACCCCAAAGGGAUUGUGGUUCCUGAUCCAGUUCAAUCGGUUUGUACUCGAUGGGGUCAAGAUUGCUUCAGUCACGGGGUGUAUUCCUACGUGGCGGUUGGAUCGUCUGGGGACGAUUACGAUGUGUUAGCUGAGAGUGUUGGAGAUGGAAGAGUGUUUUUUGCAGGGGAAGCGACUAAUAAACAGUAUCCUGCAACUAUGCAUGGAGCUUUCUUGAGUGGGAUGAGAGAGGCUGCCAACAUACUCAGAGUCGCCAAGAAGCGAUCUUUGGCUCAAACUACCAAACCUAUUGAAGAACUCUGUGGUGCCAACGAGCUGGAUGAGCUAUACGAGAAGCCUGAUCUUCUUUUUGGUGGGUUCUCAGUUUUGUUUGAUCCUAGGUCGAGCAACGAUGACCAUGAUUCGAGAUGUUUGUUGAGGGUCAAGAUCACGGGAGGAGAAUCGGGGGUUGAUUCAGUUAGUUUGUAUGGGCUGGUUUCGAGGGGGCAGGCGAUUGAGCUGAGUGAGAUUGAUGGUGGUGAUGAUGGUAAGAAGCGGCUGGAAACGUUGAGCGACAAGUUUGGAGUUCGGUUAGUUGGGAGGAAAGGGUUGCCUAAUGAGGGAGAGUCUCUUGUUGCAGAGAUCAAGGCAGCAAGAUCUGAAAUGGAUGUAGGAAAUUGAGGUUAAUGUACUGGUGUUAAGCUUAUUGAACGUGGAUUAGAUGGUCGGUGUCCGAAUUUGUUAAGAGCUAUUUUUCUAAUCCAUUUCAGUUUAAUCCUGUUUGGAUCGAUGUCUAGCUUAAGACUUUAGUUGAACUAAAUCGUGUGAAGCUCAGCUAGGACUAGGAGCGCAUGAUCCUUGAACAUUUCUGUAGGUAGAUGAUGGAGUGGACUUCUAAAUAGGAUGAGAAGUAGAGGUGACAAAUGGAUUGGAUUGGUGGAUUCAUGAAUUGGAUCAAAUAAUUGGUAGAUUGGAUCAUGGAUUUAAGUGACACCUAAAUAUUGGACCAAUAUGUAAAUUUUAAAAAAUUUAAGUACUACAAUGCUAUAAUAGAAAUUUUAUGCAACAAAACGUAUUUUUCAAUGAUAUUUUUAUUUAAAAACCAAUCUUAUGUACCAAAAUUGCAAAAUGUACAAAAUAUAUGUAAUCCAUGAAUCUAAUUGGAUUUGGAUAGUUAAAAAAUUUAUAAGUGAGAUUUGGAUCAAAUGUAUUGGAUUUAAAUGGACAGGUUGUGUGGAUGCGGUAGUCCAAAGAGUUAUUUUGGCCGAAAUAACUUGUUUGGAAAAAAUAAAUUUAGAAGUGGUAUUUUGUCCAUAAAACAAUUUAAAUAAUUCAUUGUGAGGUAUUUGAAAUACCUACCCAUCCCUUAGUUAUUUCGAAUAGCUCAUCUUUCGACCUCUUUUUUCAAACUGAAAUAACACAUGAAAUGUCACAUAUCAAAAUAAUAUAGCAUUUUAAUUCGAAUAUCAUAAAACCAAAAUGUUGCAUCCAAACUACUCAAAAUUGGAUUAGUUAAAUAUUUAAGUGGAUGAAUUAACAUGAUCGGAUUGAAUCGGUGGAUCGGAUACAAAACUAGCUCAGGAGUAGAACUCUAAAUUAGAAUUUCAUCCUUUCAUUUCCUUAUUCUUGCUGUUUGGUUGUCUUCUUGUCGACUGACUAGCCAAGCCCAAAUGAUCAAAUCCAGAGUGGGGUUAGAAGAAGGUGGAACCGGUGAGCUGAGUUGAGUUGCUAUCCACAAUCUCAUCCCCACACAUCGUAUUUAAUUUAUACAAAUUAACUAGCGUGGUCCGACCAUUUGGCCGGAGGAAGGUGAUGUAUGAAAUUUGAGAAUAUAAUGGGGUGUAUAACUUUUUGUUGUAUGUUUUUUUUUUUUUUUUGGAAACACGUUAUAGAGAUAGUGAAUUUUAGCAGGAAAGCGGCAUGGAUGAUGCAACGAAUCAAAAAUCAGCCUUAUGAACCAAGUUCGAGUACCUGUUACCUUGUGAAACAAUAUUAUUUCUGGUAAUAUGAUGAGGUGGAGUAAGUUUUAUAGAAAACCGAAUUCCGGAAAACCGAAUAAAAAUUAGCCCAUUAGAAUUCAUGCAUUGGUUUAUUGUUAAAUAUUUUCUUUUUAGCAAUACAAAAGGAGUAUUGUUUUUGCCCUUUCAUAUAUAUCUUACCAACACCGAGAAAUAAAAGGGAUUAAAGAAAACCCUAUAUCCCUAGAAAAAGCUUCUCAGUGCUCACCGGCACAUAGUUCACUUCUCUCUCUCGAUCUCAAUUAUAUCGCCGCCGGUAGUCACUUCUCCUCAUCCUCGUUUUCCGGCUGUUAAUUUUAGCUCUGCAAACCUUUUCCCUGCAUGUCAUCCUCCCCCCGAACCUCAAUUUCAACUCCCCCCUCUCGGUCUCUGUUUUUAUUUCUUAAUCUUCGCUUCUCUUAUGACUUGUUUAAACCCCCUCUUUGUCUAUCUUCGACGCUAGUUUAACCAAGAAGAAGAGAAAGCCACCAAUCUUCAAUAAAUAUUGUAUUGUUGC